GGAAUUUGGGCUCUGUUUUAUUUACAGUUGAUGUUAACGUCGUCAAAGCUGUAGAUUGAAAUCAAGAGAAACUAGAAUUGGAAAAUUUACCAUUUUGUAUCACUCAGAAUGGAUAAUCGUAGCUCUAGUUCCGCCCUCCGUCUCAAUUCAGCUAUGAGACCACCAACCUCACAAAGGCACCCUACAUCACAAAGACCCCCUACUACAAUUACACCUAUGAGUCGAGCAGGACAACCUGGCACAGCAUCUCGUCUCAUAUCGGCCGCUAGUGGUCGACCCGGCACUCGAGGAAGUAUAGCUCAGGGAAUUGGCCUGUCUGCCCAGAUUGCCGUCAACGACCGACCAGUAUCACAACAAGGACUUGUUGCUCCAAAAACUGGUUCUCGUGUCCAGCAACGCCAAGUGCAAGAUAAAUCUUACUUCAUUGGGUUGCUGCGAAGUAAGAUUUCUGAACUUUCUACCGAGAUUUCUCGAAUGACUAAAGAGAGUGAGAGCCUAUCUCAUGAACAGUCUACUUAUCUGACUUAUGAAAAAAGAGCAGAAGUUUUAGCUUCAGAAUUGAAAGAUCUGCAAGGAGAAUUAGCAGAUUAUAAUCUUCUGGUUGAUAAGUUGAACACGGAUGCAGAAAUGGAUGAAGUACAACAUGAAUACAAAGAAUUGAAGGCCCAAAAUGAACAAGAGAGUAAAAACAUAGAUCUUAUCUUUGAAGAACGGCAGGCUAAAGAAGCUAUUGUACGGCAACUUGAAGCUGAAAUAGAUCAAGAGAGAUAUAUGGCUGAGAACUUGAUAGCAGCGAUGAAACCAGAAUUAAAACAGAAAUACAGCAACUUGAAAGAAAGCAGCCAAGACCUGCGGAAUGAACUGAACAGAUUUCAGCAGCAGUUGGACAGCCUCACCUCUCAGAAAACCUCUCUUGAAGAUGAGUUGUCUAUGUCACAGGUGAAACAAGAAGCCGUGAGCUUAUAUGAGAAAUUGCGUGAAUUGGAAGAAAAACGAGACACGUUGUUGGACGAAGAAAGAGGGAGGGGAACACCACAGCAGGAAUGGGACAAACUUUUAAAACAGGUGAAAGAUGAUAAUGGAGAGCUAGCAAGCAUUGAGAGACAAACUGUUGAAGUGCGAGACAAAAUUACUCGAGCUCAAGAAGAGCUAUCGCACUUGGAACAAGAACUUGAAGACCAUCAGGGAGAACGGAUUACAAAAUAUCGAGAAUUGCGUAAGCGGGAGGAAGGGAUAGACAACUUUUUGGUGUCCUUUGAUGAAACCAAAGAAGCCGAAGAGGAUCGUCAACAUGCUCUGGAGAGAGAUAUUGUUGAGUUACUGGAACACAUCAGUCGCAGUUUGGCUCAUUUCCAACAUCUUCCUUCACCUCAAGAGUUUGCAAUGCUAAAAGAUGACCUAACGUACGUGUUCAGUGAACCUUAGUCUUGUAAUUGAAUG